AAACGUCAGAGCUUCACAACGCGAGACAGCUCCGUGGUGCUGAAACACACGGUGAAGGCAAAGGGGGGAGUUCGCUGCUUUACUUGCGACAUAUUCUCGGAUUUAUAUUUCCAUCAACAGAGUUGAAUAAGGAACUCAAUCGCAACGUUGUAAAUCGUUGGACAUAUACUUUAUAGCGACUGGUCUGUUACGCGCGGUGAACAGAGGAACAAUAAUGCGGCCCGAUAUAACAAUGCUUUCACGGGAAAGGUAUGUGGCGCUUGUGAUUCUCCUCUCUUUCGUAAACCAUGUAACUGCCUCAGUGACUCAUUAUUCCAUACCCGAGGAGAUGAAAGAAGGAUCAGUCGUUGCAAACCUUGCAAGCGAUCUCAGUCUCGAUGUUAAAACACUGAAUCAGAGGAAGAUGCGUCUCGACCUCAUCGCCAAUAAGAAAUAUCUUGAUGUGAACAAAGAGACUGGUGAACUGUAUAUCGUGGAGAAGAUUGACAGGGAAUAUCUUUGUAACACAAAAUCCUCUUGCUAUCUAAAAAUGGAAGUAAUACUAGAAAAUCCGUUGCGAAUAUUUAAUAUAGAAAUAGAAAUUCUGGAUAUAAACGACAACGCCCCACAGUUUCGACGAGACGCCAUACAUUUAGAUAUAUCUGAAGCAACGCCUACUGGGGAGAGAUUCUCACUGAGCAACGCAGUUGAUCCUGAUGUUGGAAUUAAUUCAGUGAAAACCUACCAUCUGAGUGAGAGUGAACAUUUUACUAUUGAAGUGCAGACUGGAAGAGAUGGGUCUAAAUUUGCAGAAUUAAUCUUAACUAAGACUUUAGAUCGAGAGCAGCAGGCUGUUCAUAAUUUAAUACUAACAGCUGUAGAUGGAGGAACACCUGCUCGAUCAGGCACUGCAAGUGUUAUUGUGCAUGUUUUAGACACAAAUGAUAACGCUCCUGCUUUUGACAAAGCGAGUUACAAUAUAAAAAUAAUGGAAAAUUCUCCCAUUGGCAGCCUCGUGAUUCAUCUUAAUGCAACAGAUUUAGAUGAAGCAUCAAAUUCUGAUUUAACAUACUCAUACAGUUUAUAUACGUCAGAGAAAACACAAGAAACAUUUCAUCUGAAUCCUUCCACUGGUGAAAUUACUGUUAAAGGAAUGUUAAAUUAUGAAGACUUCAAGAUUUAUGAUAUGGAAGUUAUAGCAACUGAUAAAGGAGCCACUGCAUUAUCAGGACAAUGUACUAUAAAGAUUGUGGUUGAAGACAUGAAUGACAACCACCCAGAAAUAUCUAUCAAAUCAUUUCAGAGUCCAGUCAAUGAAAACAUAGAAUUAGACACAGUGAUAGCAGUAGUUAGUGUCAGUGAUAAAGACUCAGGUGACAAUGGAGUGGUUGAUCUUCAUAUUCCAGAUAAUAUGCCUUUCAAACUGAGGGAAUCCUCUGAUAACUAUUAUGAAUUAGUAGUGUCAGAGCCAUUAGACCGCGAGAAGGUCCCGGAAUAUGACGUCACUUUCACGGUGACAGACAGAGGUUCUCCUCCUUUAUCUGACAAUGAAACUAUGACGUUAGAGCUGCUGGAUGUUAAUGACAAUGUUCCACAGUUCCCUCAGUCAUUUUAUACUAUCCGUGUGAUGGAGAAUAACGCACCUGGAGCCUUGCUCAGUUCACUCACUGCGUUUGACCCUGACCUCCAUGAAAACCAGUAUCUAGUUUAUUUCAUCCUAGAGAAGGAGAUAGCCAACACCUCCAUGUCCAUGCUGUUCUCCAUCAAUCCAGAGAACGGCAAUCUUUACGCACUGAAAACUUUUGACUAUGAGAUCGAGAAGGAGUUUCUUUUCCACAUCGAGGCCAGAGACUCUGGCUCUCCUCCACUCAGCAGCAACGUCACGGUCCACAUCAUUAUUGUGGACCAGAACGACAACGCUCCGGUUAUUGUGUCUCCGUGGCGCGCGCACGGCUCGGUGGUGGAGGAAAAGAUCCCCAGAUCCACCGAUAAAGGCUCUCUGGUUGCCAAGGUGAUAGCCUUAGACACCGACUCGGUGCACAACUCUCGGAUUACCUACCAGUUUCUACAGGUGACUGACGCCACCUUGUUCAGUCUGGACCAAUACAACGGAGAGAUCCGGACUAUGAGGAUGUUCAGUUACAGAGAUCCGCGUCACCAGAGACUGGUUGUUGUUGCCAAGGACAACGGGGAGCCUGCUCUCUCUGCUACAGUCACCAUCAAGCUGUCCACGAUGGAGACUGCCGUUAAGGCCUACUCUGACAUGACUGAGGUGCCUCUGGAAUAUGACAUCUUCUCAGACCUCAACCUGUAUUUGGUCAUCGGUCUGGGCUCGGUGUCAUUUCUCCUGCUCAUCACCAUAUUGGUCACCAUCGUGCUCAAGUGUCAGAAACCCAAGCCCAGCAAAGCGGCUCCUCCCUGCAGGAACAGUGUGAUCAGUGAGAGGAACUCCACCAUCGCAGAUUCCACUCUGGUCUCCAACGAUGCCUACUGGUACAGUCUGUUUCUAGCAGAGACCAGGAAAGGAAAGCUGGUGGUUAGACAGCCUGUGCCAAAGGGCUCCAGAUACAUCGUGUCCAGUAUACCGAGAGGGACAGGACUCACAGACACUAGUGACUCAGCACCAUCCACUCUGCAGUACCCUAAAUGAGGGAAGUCCACUCGGCAGCUGGAGGCAUCCACCACCAGCAGCGGCGGCAGCAGUUCCACAUAAGGCCAAACCUCCAGCUGCAUACUGCAUUGACUUGACGCUGACAGGAAAGCUUCACGGAGGAAAGGAGAAACCCCUGCCCGUAAAAUGCCCCCACGUCCACCCUGCUCAGUCUGAUCCUCACCGUGUAUGUAACGCUUUAACACUAAAUGAACUAAAGUGGAUAGUUAAGGACACAGCCCUCCCCCUCUCUUCCUUUAAGCACAUAAAAAGCCAAUCAACAAUGCCUCUCUGUCCAUUCAGUAUGCAUGAUAAGACCGCAUGGCUUCAACCACAUGCCAAGACUUUUCAUACAAAAAAAGAAACAUUCAAGAGGAGAUACUUACAAAGAAGCAGACUGUAUGAAAAACUGCACCUGUGGACAUUUCAAGAAGCCUCAGCAAGGACGACCUGGAGUGGACAUGGGAAUAUUGAAAUGCCUUUGAGAGACAGUUUUCCCUCUCUAAAAAUGAAACACAUGUUGGAUAUUACAUUGUUAACAUCUGUGCUUUGUCUUACUCUAUAACAGCAUUGAUGUAUUAUAUAAGUUAGCCAAGAAGUGAAACAGCACAAUUUACUAAAUGUCAAAAAAAAGCACCAACCUGCGCUUUUUUAAAAGUAUGAAACAGAGGGAAUCAGUAUUUUAUACGUGGUAGCUUUUAGCUGUUUUAUGUUUCGUAUUGACUUUGUGCUUUAUGUGUGAUCUAGGCCUAAAUAUGUCUGAGAGUGCUGAGAGAUUAGGUUAAGUUAACCAGUACAUUAACAGAUAGAAGCGGGGCCUUCAGCCAUCAUGUAUCUGCCUUUCACAUUUGUUUGCAUGGGAUAAUCUGAGUGCUUUGAUAGCUUUAGGUAUUUUAUGAUAUUGAGCAAUCCAUUUUCUGUAGCCAAGCCUCACUGUUGUGUUUUUCAAAACAUGGUGGAAUAAUACAUUUUAAUGAGGCAACAAUGAGGAAGUACAACAGCAUUAUACUAUCGUUUCUAUUAAGUGUACCUUCAGCUUAAACUUAAGUGUACAGUGUGCUUGAACGUUACUUGGAGGGUGGAUAUUACUGGAGGAUAUGAGUUUGGGUGAUUGAAGUGAACACAAUGAACAAAGUGAGUCUUUGAGAAGGGAUUGAUUGAUAUCUCCUCAUGACAACUGUAUAUACACGUAUACAACUUUCACUUUUUUAUUUUCAAAGCCAAAUUCUGGAUGCUCCCAAACUCAGCGUAUUCAGAUCGUGUACCAAGUUCAAAACUCACUUAAUGACUUAAUGUUUACUUUAUUGUCGACUGUUGGUUUUACCCAAUGGAAGCUGUGCUCAUGUGUAUUACUGACUACUGUAUUUAUCAGCAACACAUAAAUGGGGAUAUAGAUAUGACUGAUACGUAUAUAUCUUUAUCUAUAAGUAUGCCUUUCUUUUUCAGUACCGGUGCUGAACUUCUUAAGGUGAACAAAAACAUGUGCCAUCAGAUUUAUAGGCCAAUGAGUAUGUGACACACUAAAAUAAUCUGACAUCAUGUAGUCAAACUCUUUAGCACAGCUCACAUUGCAUUACAUGUAUAAAGGUAUAAUGUUUAACGGGCAAACAUAUACAAUAAGUGCUUUUGUACAGUGGUACUUUCAGGGUGCAAUAUGUAGUAACUUGUGUAACGUGAGCUUACUGUAUUCUAUGUCUGUAUGAUCUAUUAAAUACAAAAACAAAAUAGGACAACAAACUUAAUGGUCAACCUCUGAAUCUUUCACAUUUAAUUUUUGUAUCAGAAGUCACAACAUUCUUUUGGAACUGCUGCACUAUUGUAAAAUGAGUUUUAGUUUAUGAAGCAGGUCAACCUUCAGUAAAUGUACUCUGAAAG